AUGAGAAACCACAGUGUUGUCUCUGAGUUCAUCCUCCUCGGGCUGUCUGCUGACCCCCAAAUCCAGGCUCUGCUCUUUGUGCUGUUCUUUGUUAUUUAUAUCCUGACCCUUAUGGGGAACCUGAUGCUGCUGCUGGUGAUAAGGGUGGAUUCCCAGCUCCACAACCCCAUGUACUUUUUCCUGGGACAAUUGUCCUUCCUGGAUCUCUGCCACUCUUCUGUCACUGUGCCCAAGCUGUUGGAGAACCUCCUGUCUGAGAAGAAAACCAUCUCAUUCGAGGGCUGCAUGGCUCAGGUCUUUGUGUUUGCCACUGGAGGCACUGAAUCCUGCCUACUUGCUGUCAUGGCCUAUGACCGCUAUGUUGCCAUCAGUUCUCCUCUGCUGUACGGCCAGAUGAUGAACAGAAAGCUGUGUAUGGGGCUGGUGUGGGGCUCAUGGGGCUUGGCUUUUAUGGAUGCUCUCAUCAAUAUCCUUGUAGCUCUCAAUUUAGACUUCUGUGAGGCUCAAAAUAUUCACCACUUCAGCUGUGAGCUGCCCUCUCUCUACCCUUUGUCUUGUUCCGAUGUGUCUGCAAGCUUUACUGCCUUGCUCUGCUCCAGCCUCCUGCAUUUCUUUGGAAAUUUCCUCUUGAUAUUUUUCUCCUAUGUUUGCAUUUUCUUCACCAUCCUGGGCGUCAGCUCAACUGCAGGCAGAAGCAAGGCCUUCUCCACCUGUUCCUCCCACCUCACGGCAGUGAGCUUCUUUUAUGGCUCAGGUUUACUCCGCUAUCUCAUGCCAAAUUCAGCAUCCACUCAAGAGUUCAUCUGUUCCUUGCAGUAUAGUGUGAUCACCCCCAUGCUGAAUCCUCUCUUCUACAGCCUGAAGAACAAGGAGGUGAAGGCAGCUGUGAGAAAAAUGUUGAGACAAUGUUCCUAG